CUGUAACUUACACAAGUUACAAAAAAACACCGCCACCAGUACCCCCUCGUACCACUUCCAAGCCACUGAUCUCAGUCACGGCACAGAGCAGCACAGAAUCCACCCAGGACGCAUAUCACGACAGCCGGACUCAGAGGAUUUCCCCGUGGCCGCAGGACGGGCGAGGGAUGUACAACUCCACCGACAGUUUGGACAGUAACAAGGCCAUGAAUCUCGCCUUGGAAACUGCGGCUGCGCAGCGCCACGCGUCCGAGAGCCAGAGCACCUCCAUACGAACCAGUGACAAGGCCAUUUUAGUGACAAAAGCAGAGGAGUUUCUUAAGAGUCGACGUUCUUCUAUAGGGAUCCAGGUGGAAACAGCAACUGAUUCAGAUACUGAAAGCAGAGGCCUACGGGAAUACCACUCUGUUGGAAUACAAGUGGAAGAUGAAAAACGACAUGGACGAUUCAAGCGCUCAAACAGUGUAACAGCAGCUGUCCAGGCUGACCUGGAACUGGAGGGCUUUCCAGGACACAUCACCAUGGAGGACAAGGGACUUCAGUUUGGCUCGUCGUUCCAGCAGCACUCAGAGCCCAGCACACCCACCCAAUACAGCGCAGUGAGAACUGUACGGACACAGGGACUGUUCAGUUACAGAGAAGAUUAUAGGACCCCAGUUGACACCUCAAACCUUCCACCACCAGAACCCUGGCUAGAGCCAGCCAUUGAGACAGUAGAGACUGGUCGAAUGUCUCCUUGUCGUCGGGAUGGAUCUUGGUUUAUGAAGUUGCUGCAUACUGAAACUAAGAGAAUGGAAGGAUGGUGUAAAGAAAUGGAAAGAGAAGCAGAAGAAAAUGAUCUUUCUGAAGAAAUCCUAGGUAAGAUCCGAAGUGCUGUUGGAAGUGCUCAGCUCCUCAUGUCUCAGAAAUUCCAGCAAUUUUAUUGGCUUUGUCAGCAAAAUCUG